CCGUGCUAUAGCUCUGGCUGAGUACUACUCUACACUCCCCACAUCACCCUCUCUUUCGUCCAGUCCAUGGCUGCCGCUUGCUUCUUCGCCGUUGCCCUCACCGGCAUAGCUCACUAUGUACCUAGCGAGUUCAUCAUUAUUAGUCAUCGAGCUAUCAGAGUAUCAACAAUCUGUGGAAUACGGUUGUUAGCAUCGAAUUGCUCACCUAGGGUACAUGAUUGGUCAUUCAGACAAAUCAACGCCUCCACUCGUCUCGCUACAGCGUGUGUACAAAUGGCAUUCGACACUCACACUGAUAAGGCUGGCUUGGCCAUGGGAUCCUCCAUCGCCAUCACGACGGGAACAUGACGGCGUGGAGUGCCAUUCGCAGACAAUCUGCUCGCAAUUUCCACCUACUGAAACAAUAUCAUCA